AUGAGUUGUUAUAAACUUCCGGAAGCUAUAUGCGACGAGAUAGAGAGCCUCGUUGUGAAAUUCUGGUGGGGAUUGAGGAAUGGAGAACAAACACUUCACUGGCUUGGCUGGGAAAAGUUUAGUUCAUUAGUGAAGAAAGUCCUACAAGGAAAAUACUUCCCUAGAUCCCACAUUGAAGAGUGUUCUGUAAGCUAUUCACCAAGCUACGCGUGGAGCAGUAUACUGAGCGCAAGACCUCUGAUUAAGAAGGGCUCUCGAUGGCGUAUUGGAAACGGGGAGAAUGUAAUUAUUCUAAAGGAUAUAUGGAUACCGGACAAUUUGGGUUUCAAGGUGCUGACUCAUGAUGGAAGUGUGAAUGGAGAAACAAGAGUGAGGGAUCUGAUUGUUCAGGAAACUGGCUGCUUGAAGCAAGAUCUCAUUGAAACAAACUUCGAGCCUCAUGAAAGCGUGUCUAUCUUAAGCAUUCCAAUCUCACAGCAGAAUAUGGAAGACAAACUGAUAUGGCAUUUUGAGAAAGAUGGAGAGUAUUCACAGGAUAGAAACCUAAAGGUUUUUCAGUCGAAAGACCUCAAUCCAAUGGAAGUUGCAAGGAUAACGAUGGAGCUUGUGUUCGAAUUCAACAAAUGGAACCCGGAGGAGCGUAUCAAAAACAGAAUUCCCGAGUGUAAUGAUAGCAACGUGCAGGAAGUUUGUACCAUCCAGGUUGAUGCUAGCGUAGACGAAGCGGGCUGCAUUGCUUUUGGAUGCAUUACUAGAGAUGAAGAUAGAAUAGUGUUAUCGUCGUCUAAGGUAGAAGCUAUAUAG